CUGGUGUGUGUUGAUGAUCACAUUGCCUGAGUGGAAGGAGCGUCACCGCCACCUGCUGGAAUAAGAGGACCAGAGAUGAAGAGUAGGCCGCGUCGGCCUCCAGUGCUGGGACUUUUGUAUUGAAAGCCUAACUACGGAAGCACGCGAAGUCGCUGGAGUCACACAUCCAGCCAUGGAUCCGAUUGACAGUGACAUGCAGGGAACAGAGGGAGCAUUAGGAGGUCCUGAUGUCAGAAGGAGGAUCCCUAUCAAGCUUCUUCCCAAACAGGCUCGAAAGGGUUUCGCCUAUAAACAGGAAGAGAGGUUUGAGUGUGGAGCGAAGGCUGGAGAUGCAUUUGCUGGCCAGCGGCGAUUCCCUCAGCAAUUCUACUGGGAUUAUAAGCUCAAUCUGAUUGGUGAGAAGGAUGAGACCCCUGUGCAUUUUUGUGACAAGUGUGGUCUACCCAUUAAGACAUACGGCCGCAUGAUUCCUUGCAAGCAUGUUUUCUGCUACGAAUGUGCACUCCUUCAUGAACGGAAAGGUGAUAAAAUGUGCCCAGGUUUGACGCUGUACAGUUGCACAGACCCAGUCCAGCGGAUUGAGCAGUGCCAGCGUGGCUCCCUCUUUAUGUGCAGCAUUGUUCAGGGCUGCAAGCGCACCUACCUCUCCCAGAGGGACCUGCAGGCCCACAUUAAUCACCGCCACAUGAGGGCAAGCAAGACUUCAUCAGGCCGUGUCGAUGCUCUCCACCUUCCCUCCUCAUCUGAGGUGUCGGACCGCUUCCGUGUGCCCCCGCCACACCUACCUAAGCCCCAUGUGCUCAUCCCUCCCCCUUUGCCACAUGCAGGUCAUGACACCUACAGUCAGCCGCCUCCUGCGUCCCACGAUGACCACCGAGCCCCUCAAGGCCAGCCUGCUGCUGACAUGGGACCACCUCGCUCUCUUGCUCCAGAAACCUUCCGAAUUGCUACAGUAACCACACGGAAGCACAGCAACCUCAUCACAGUCCCCAUCCAAGACGAUUCGACAAGCCCUGCCCCGCGCGAUCAGCUCCCACAACCUGUGAAUGCUGCGCCCCCACACCACCACCCUGGAGAUUAUCCAGGGCAGCCUGUUGUUUCCCACCCGCACCAUAUGAUGGCACCACCGCAGCAGCGGUAUGGGCCUCCACCCCCUCCACCCCCCAUCACUCAUCCAAUGCAACACCCAGCACAGGGCUCUGGCACCCACAUGGUAUUCAACCAAGCUCCACCUCCACCUUUGUCAUCUGUUCCACCUCCUAUUACCCCUCCUCCUGGACACCUCAUGGGUCAGCUGCCACCAUACAUGAACCAUCCUCCACCAGGCCCCCCUCCUCAACAUGGUGGCCCCCCAGUAAACGCUCCACCACCCCACCAUUAUAACCCUCAGUUCCCAGAGGACAAGGGCACUCUCAGCCCACCUUUUAACCAGCCUGGUGGGCUUAGUCCAGGGAUGUGGCCUGCCCCCAGAGGACCCCCUCCCCCGAGGAUGCAAGGCCCUCCUCCACAGGGACAGAUGCCUGGGCCUCAUCAUCCAGAUCAGGGCCGUUACAGACCAUAUUACCAAUAGAAAAAUGUUUCUCUUGGUUUGAACAGUUGCUCUUGUUGGAACAGUGAUCUUGUUUGUGAGCCUGUGGUAGGACUUUUGUAUAGUUCAGUUUAGACUGGGUCUGCAUAAAAGUUAUGUAAUUACUAUCAGAAAUUGUGAGUAUAUACACUUAAUUAUGGCCAUUAUUUUGGGUUUAAAAGUUGGAUUUGGCAAUAUUUUUAAAUGUUGUUGAAUGUGUUUCAUGAAUGUAAAAAGAAUUAAAUGCACAAUAUGUAAUGUU